AUGCGCGAGGUGGAGGAUGCACACGACGGUUCGUCUUCUGCGCGCGAUGACACCGCGGCGGCGAGCGACGCGGGGGCGACGACGGCGAACGAGCGCGCGCGCGUGCGCGUGGUGGUGCGCGUGCGACGGGAAGCGCACGGUGACGGGCGAGCGGUGCGGGCGGAGGUUGGGGGGGUGCGCGUGCUCGAGCGGUCGUCGAGAACGCGGACGGGCGGACGCGAGGAGAGUUUCGUGGCGUUCCGGGGGGCGUGUGCGGGGAGCGGGACGACGCAGCGCGCUUUUUUUGACGUUUCGGGAACGAAGGCUUUGCUGGAGAAGACGCUCGAUGGGUACUCGAGCGCGGUGUUCGCGUACGGGCAGACUGGGAGCGGGAAGACGUACACCAUGCUCGGCGGACGCGACCGCGCGACGCGAGAAGACGUCGAAGAGAACGACGAUGAAGAGGACGAGGAGAGCGACGAAGGUGUCAUCGCUCGCUCGCUCAGAUUUCUCUUCGACGCGUGCGAGAAGAGAAACGCGAGCGAUGACCGAGCGAUGACCGUCGUGACGUUGACGUAUUACGAAAUUUACAAGGAGAAAAUUAUCGAUUUAUUGACGAACGAGGAGAGCUCUUGCGCGCUGCGCGUGCGAUGGCGAAAACAGGAAGGAUUUCACGUCCCGAAUCUCACCUCGCACGAAUGCGCGAGCGCCGAAGAGGCUUUGGAUUUGGUGCACCUCGGCGCGGCGAGACGACAAGUUCGAGCGCACAAUCUCAACGCGUCGUCGUCACGAUCGCACGCCGUGCUCACCGUUCACGUCGAUCGACACUUCAACGUCGGCGGGGAUGACGACGGAGCCGCUGGUAACGACUCGGUUCGAUGUGUUCGUGGGAAGAUGACGUUCGUGGAUUUGGCUGGAAGCGAGCGAUUGAAACUCAGCGGAAGCGAAGACAUCGCGACGCGCGAGACGAGUCUCAUUAACAAGAGCCUAUUCGCGCUCGGAAAGGUCAUCGCCACGCUCGCCGAGGAGAGUCGAGACGCUAGAACGGCGUCGGCGCACGUGCCGUACAGAGACAGCAAACUCACUAAGCUCUUGAUGGAUUCCCUGGGCGGACGCUCCAUGAGCCUGAUGAUUGCGUGCGUGACGGCGAGCGAGCGUCACGUCGAGGAGACCAUUCGAACGCUGCAGUACGCCGCGCGCGUGACGUCCAUCGUGAACGCGCCUGAGCUUCACCACGAGUACACGAGCUCAUCGGACGUCGAGCCCGAGUUCGGGCGCGAUCGCGAGCUGGAAGAACUUCGGCGCGCCAAUCAAGCGCUUCGCCGCCGAGUCUCCGAAUUGCUCUCCAACGCGCGCGUCGACGACCAUUGCCAUCCGCGCACCGCCUCACCAAGAGCGCACGACGUCCAACAAUGCGUUACCAACCACACCUCCGACGUCGUCCACCGCGUCGAACGCGUCGAGACUUUACUCCGAAAGUACGCCGAGGAGAACCGUCGAUUGGAGCGCGAGAACCGGGCGCUCCGCGCGCGACGCGAGAUCGCCGACAUCGAGCGCGUCCACGCCCUCGACGACGCCGAACGUCUCCGAAUCCGCGUCGACGAUUUACAACGCGCGUUCUUCACCGUUUAA